AUGCUGAGGAGAGACGUAUCCCGAUCUUAUCAGGAGUUUAAUGGUGAGGAUUGCUUGGCCACUUUGGUCUUACACAAUGAUGUUUCUGAAGUGGAGCAAGAUCAAACCAGCUGUGACCCUUCACCAGGUCUGAACUUAUUGCCUACAAAUAUGACUUUUUGUAUAUAUGCAAACAAUACAAUACACUGUACUGUUUUCACACUCAUCCUCGUCCUCAUUCACAUGCUGCUCACUACGGUGACUGUGUUCUUGGCCUACCAAACUAUUUCAGAUGAGAAGCUCAACCAUCCAGUCAUGUCUGUUUUAUACAAAGAGGUAGAGGAGUUUGCUGCACCAGGAAUUGCUUUAUAUCCCAGGAAGACGCAGUUAUUAAGUUGCAUGCAUCACUAUCACGACAAUAUUCCACCUCUUGUUGCACGACUUAAGGGAAGGAACUGUUUAAAAGAGGAGGUUGUUUACCAUGGGCCAUAUUCAAACCAGACGCAAAAGCGAGCCGUAGUGGUCAGAGGGCCGACUGACGUGAAGAACAGAGAACUUCUAUUCCUCCAGUUCAGCCAGAAUGAAACGGAAGAGGAUUUCAGUGCAAUCAAUUACAUGGUUUUUGCCAAAUUUAGUGACAUGCUUGAAAGCUCAGAUAAAGCUGCUUUUAUGGUGGACUGUGAAAGUAAUUACUCAAUGUGGACCUUCUCUGGAGGCUUUCGGACAUGGGUCAAAAUGUCUUUGGUCAAGACGUCAGGCAGAGGAAAUUAAUUAGUUGAAUUUAGACAGGAGUCCAAUGUGGUGAAGUACACUGACAAGAAGCCUCCACAGGAGCAAGCCAAUGAGCUUUUCUUUGCUGUCUUCCAAUGGCGAGAUCCAUUUAUACAACAAGUCAAAGAUGUAAGUGUGCAUGGACUAUUAUUUACUAAAUUAUACACCAUAGCCAUAUUGUGUGGCAUCUUCAUGGCUCUUUUUAAAGCUGCAGACUUUAAACUCAGCAUUAAGUGGAUGAUCAAAAUUCAUAAAAGACACUUAAGGGCAAAAAUAAGCUAA